AACACAAAAUGACGGACAUACAGGCAAUAUCUCAAAUGAAAGCUCGGAGGAAGUGUCAUGCAGAUGUUAAGAUACCAAACAGUUCGGAUCAGUUUGACACAUUUCAAGAAGAAAUUGUGAAGGCUUCUAAAGUAACGUCUGAUGUGAUUCAACAAGUCAACAAUUAUGUCAGAAGAAUCCAGGAAGAGAUGACCGAAUUACGAAGAGCCAUCGAACUAUUCAAUACAGACUUAGCAGGGCAAAUGAAGACACUCAUCUCUAAAUUAAUAGCUUCAAAUCCAUUACAGUCAAACCAGAAUCAAGUGUUUCCUUCUACUAGCUCAUCGGAUUUUGAUUCAAAACCGACACAAAGAGGAAUAACAAGAAACCCAACAAAUAAAUCAGCUGGAUUAAGAGCUUCAGAUAAUGUAAGCUCAUAUCAAGAAAAUACACAGGAAGUAUCUAGAACGGAAAGCGAGAGCCUCAAACAACUCAAAGCUCUGCAAGAAAUUAGCAAGCAGCAACUAGAUUUAAGGAAGAUGAUGCUCGAGGUAGACAACAUAUCUAAGGACUUGGAGAGAAAUGGUCACGUAUCUGUAGAGGGCCUUAUUGCCCUGAAACAAGACGUGGACCAAUGAGCACACAGUCUAGAGACCGCUGAUGUAGAAUAUGCACGAAAAAAGGAGGAAGAGAGAAAAGAAAAGGAAAGAAAGAGGAAACAGAGAGAGGAAGAAAGAAAA